CUCUCCGAGGCGGGCUGGUACCUAUCUGAUGAAGGGAUUGAUGCGUGCACGAACUCGUCUGACAAAGUCAACAUAAACGAUAUUAUCCUGAUUGCACUUAAUACGGAUUUAAGAGCCAUCGGCAAGAAGUUCCUUCCAAGUGACAUCAACGGUGGAAAAGUGGAAAAGCUAGAAGGCCCCUGCGUCCUCCAGAUCCAAAAAAUACGCAAUAUAGCUGCACCAAAGGAUAAUGAAGAAUCUCAGGCUGCUCCCAGAAUGCUGCGUUUGCAGAUGACGGACGGGCACACAAGCUGCACUGCAGUAGAGUAUAAUUACAUGUCGAAAAUAAGUCUAAACACUCCCCCUGGAACAAAAAUUAAACUGUUGGGAGUCGUGGAGGUGAAAAAUGGCUUCCUCCUCCUGGAUGACAGCAACACGGUGGUUCUUGGAGGCGAAGUGGAACAUCUUAUAGAAAAGUGGGAGUUGCAAAGGAGCUUAUCGAAACACAACAGAAGUAACAUAGGAACAGAAGGUGGACCGCCUCCCUUCGUUCCUUUUGGGCAGAGAUGCGCAUCUCAGCAGCAAGUGGACAGUCGGGAGCUGGACCAGAGAAAAACCCUGCAAACGGCAAGCGUGGCCAAGCCCGUGGGAGACGACGAGUUCGAGAAACAGCGUACGGCAGCCAUCGCAGAGGUGGCCAAGAGCAAAGAGACUAAGACAUUUGGUGGCGGUGGCGGCAGUUCUAGGAGCAAUCUCAUUGUGAGUACGGGAGGGAACCGGAGCAGGGAAGUGUUCCAGAAAGAGAGGACAAAAUCAGAGGGGAAAAACGAAGGCGUCUAUCGAGAACUGGUUGAUGAAAAGGCUCUCAAACACAUAACAGAAAUGGGCUUCAGCAAGGAGGCGGCCAGGCAGGCGCUUAUGGAUAAUGGCAACAACCUUGAAGCUUCGUUGAACUUCCUUCUGAACAGCAAUAAACCAAUAAAUGUUCAAGGGCCACCUCUUCGAGGGAAAGGAAAAGGUAGAGGCCGGAGCCGACCGGAAGAUGAAGAGGAGAUGGGGAGUGCCCGGCCUUCAGCUCCGAGCACGUUGUUUGACUUCCUGGAGUCUAAAAUGGGUACUCUCUCAGUAGAAGAACCAAAGUCGCAGAUAUCAUCGCCGCAUCAGGGACAGUACCGAGCGCUGAACACUGAGCAAAAUGGCAUAAAAGGUUAUAACCAUCAGAGACAUGCUCCUCGAAAUGAGAGACAGCCGAGGAAUGAGAAGCCCCCUCGUUUUCAGAGAGAGAGUCAGAGUUUGAGGCACGUUGGGGAAGGGAGCGGGCUGUUAAGAGCCAAAACUUCCGAAAGGCAAAAUUCCUUGGGCCCUGACCAAUGGACUGAAGAGAGAAAUAAGUGUGAUAGGCUUUAUCCUCAAAAAGAUCUUGUGUACCCGACAGCUGUCCACCCGGGUGACUUUCAUUUCAAGCGGAGGGACAACCCGCUGCAGAACAGACAAGGGAAAGUGGCGUCGUUCAUGGAAAUGAAAGACAACCCGGUUGUUCAAGAUGCACCCGAAAACAACAACCAGAAACCCAGAAGUAGGGAAAAUCAGCUGCAUCAGCCCGACAGUUUCUAUGAUAGGAAAACACUAAUGCUGACCAACGAAACAUUGGCCACCUUAAAAAACGAGCAGCACUUUGGUAUGAACGUGGAGUAUCAAAACCCUGUUAGAACUGAUCGUUUUAGUUCUGUACCAAAUGGCGAUAUGGAACAUUUUCAGAAAGGAAGGAGGGUUGGACCUAUUAAAUUGCCUACACCCAACAUGGCUACAUCAUUUGACGUUAAAAUGUAUUACGAUACUGGUCCCAAGAAGAGAUCGGGGCCCAUUAAGCCAGAGAAAAUGUUGGAACCAUGUAGUUCGGGGGAGUAUGGAAAAAGCUGGCAGCCAGGGGACGAAUGCUUUGCCCUUUACUGGGAAGAUAACAAGUUUUAUCGGGCAGAAAUUGAAGCUCUUCAUUCCUCUGGGACGACCGCAGUUGUUAAGUUCUGUGAUUAUGGAAACUAUGAAGAGGUGUUACUAAGCAACAUCAGGCCCAUUCAAGCUGACACCUGGGAGGAAGAAGAAAUAGCUUACGAACAAACUUUGGAGUUCCGCAGAGGUGGGGACGGACAACCACGGCGGUCGACGCGGCCCACUCAACAGUUUUAUCAGCCUCCAAGAGCUAGGAACUGACAACCAGGAAGUCAAAGG